AUGACGGAGGGCCAAUCAACACCUCAGCAGGCUCAACCCGCCGCCCAAGCUCCCCUCAAGUCGCAAAAAAUCACGGAGAUUGUUGACACCUUCCGCCCUUCUAAGGGAUUUCACCCCUGCAAGAAAGACCAGUCGAAAUAUGUCACCUCUUUGGACUUUGACGACCAGGGCGACUUUCUGAUUGGCGCCGGCAACGAUGAGAGUAUGCAUGUUUAUGACGUUAAAGAGGGCAAAUACAACAAGUCCGUUGCCAGCAAAAAAUAUGGUGUCCAUCUUGCGAGGUUCACCCACCACUCUCGCCAGGUCCUCCAUGCGAGUACCAAGAUUGACAAUAAUUUGCGACUUCUCGAUCUUCACAACGAGGGAUACAUAAGAUAUUUCACUGGCAACAAUGACCAAGUGACUUGCCUGGCUCUUUCGCCUGCCAGCGACGCCUUCAUGUCCUGCUCCAAGGACGAUACCGUGACACUGUGGGACCUCAAUUCUAGGAAUCCGCAGGGAAAGCUCAAACUUGCGACACCAUACCUUGCUGCUUUUGAUCCCUCGGGUGCAGUGAUUGCGAUUGCCUCUCAAUCCACAGCCUCGGUCCUUCUUUACGAUUUCCGCAACUUCGACAAAUCGCCCUUCUCCACAUUUGACCUUGCACCAUAUGAGGAAAGAUUCACGCCAUCUACACGAGGACGAGCAUGGACUCGGUUGGAAUUCUCCAACGAUGGAAAAUAUCUGAUGCUUGGAACGGACUAUCAUGGGCACUAUAUUCUAGAUGCCUUUGAUGGCUCGGUCAAGGCCUUCCUGGGCGGGAAGAGCGGAUCGUCUGGUCGCGCUGCGCCGGUAUCCACCACCGGAAAGCCUCUCGGACAAGGCGACGCGUGUUUCUCCCCUGAUGGUCGAUUCGUAUUUGGUGGCAAUGGUGAGCAGAACGGUAUGCUUGUGUGGGACCUGGGCCAGAUUGGCGCCGGAGAUAUCACAUUGCAGCCUUCGGCCAAGUUGUCUUCUCCAAACCGCAUCUCCAUGGUGGAAUACAACCCUCGGUACAACAUGAUCGCCAGUGCCGACAAGGAAAUUAUUUUCUAUGUCCCAGAAGACCAUGGCAAAUCCUCGGAGAAGUAA